AUGAAACACUUUCAGCUAAAGUUCUUGACGCUUGUGGAAAAUUUGUUCCUAGGCGUUCGCGUGUGUGCCAGAUAUCCAUCAUAUUAUCCAUCAUACGGUCCCGCGACGGGAUCAACAUCAUUCUAUACCACAGAACUAUCGCCGUUUUCGGUAGCUCGCAGUAGUGCAGAUUUUCCGAAAUCCGCACGAACUGAUUCCUCGAUCAUCAAAGACAUCAAACAAGAGCGAGAUGUUAAAGAACACACAGUGGAACUGAUCUCGACAGCAGGCCGAUCGAGCGGCGAUAUCCCCGAGCCACACACCGAAUUGCUUCAGAGUAACGCCGAUGCGGCUACAACAGCGAGUGUCGUCCAACCGCAAACCGAACCCUCACAGCUGCCACGAAGAUGUAUGGUUUCUAAAAUUGAGGCACUUUAA